UAGCGCCUUGCAUAUAUAAAGUACUCCUUGGCUGUUGUUUUCUUUAGAUUAAUUUGCCGGAUAAGAACGGUUUUGCAGUUGGAGCAAACAUAGCCAUUAACAGAAACGAUGAAAAAGCAGAAAGGCAGUAAAUAUCGCAAGCACUCGGCUCAAAAGCGUCGUCAGUCGAUUUAUCUCAAGCGUUUGACCAUAGCWGUGUUUGGCGAUGCAGGAGUUGGCAARACAUCUCUAAUAAGAGGCUUUUGUGAUGAUACCUUCACUGAUGAAUAUGAACCUACCAUAGAAGACUUUUUUACUAAACACUUGCUACACAACGAUAGGACUUAUCAAAUCGAUAUCAUUGACACUUGUGGAACAGAGAAUUUCCCAGCAAUGAGAAAAGUUGAUAUCGAGAAAGCAGACGCAAUCAUCCUUGUAUAUUCUGUUGAUAAAAAGCGAUCRUUUGAACAGAUUUCACAGUACCGAGAUGAAAUAUUGGAACAGAAAGGUUUGACUAUUCCAGUUGUGGUGGUAGCCAAUAAGUCAGAUCUCGMUCUUGAUGMUACUUCAUCACAUGCUAUCGAUAAAAACGAUUCUAUACAAGAUGUGACACAGAAAAGGUGGCGAUACAUGUGGACAAGUACAUCAGCUAAAAUGGAYUGGUCGACCAGUGAACCUUUCUUUAUGUUACUGGAUGAAAUUCAGCGGAGAAAAGAAGAAACAGAAAAUAUCAAUGCAUCGCCUAAUUUUAAAAGAAAAACGUCGUGGCUCAAUAGAAACUUUGGCAGUGCAUUGUCACUAAAAAGAACCAAAUCUACAGGCCAAGAAAAGACUCUCAAAUAAGAUCAGUUUUUCGUUCAGUGAUUACUUUCGGACGGACCUUCAAUACCGAAUAACAGAAUCAGAUAGUCAACCAAACGUUUUGUUUUAGAAAAUCGAUAAAAAAAGAGGAUACACUGCGAAUUUAAUUAUAUUAACGGUAUAAAGUAUAAUACCAACACCUAAGGACCUGUGGUUAGACAUCUCCUUUACAAUUUUACACAAGAAUAUAUUAUUGUAUACAAUGUAUUAUACUGUAUUUAUAUUUAUAUAUAUUAUUUAACUGCACCGAAGGUGUAUAGUAUCAUAAUAAAUAUUUAAAGCCUU